GCAACUCUCUUCUACCCCUCAUCGCACAUCCAGUUACCAGUGGCGUUGCCUGCUCUGAGGCUCAGGACGCGUCGUGAGUUCCUCGUUCCGAAUCUGCCUGAUUCAUGAUGAUCAUUCAGGAACUAGGAAGCCUCUGGAACAGUGGACAAGCUGCCGCCUUUGGACGGGUCGAUGCGGUAUUCUCGAACCGUCUCUUAUUUGUCUUGAUGAGUCAGGGACAAUCCAGAUUUAUUCACAACUUUCUCGUUCUAUCAAAGUUUCUUUCAACAAUCAUUCAAUAAUUCAAGUUUCCCCCCACAUCCGCAAUUUUGAUUAUAACCCACAUGAAAAAACGUCCCACAACUCUUUCUCAUUCCAAUACACAUUUCACUCUCGAUGCCCAAACUCCAGCCAGUAACGGGGACUUCCAGUUUCGCGUUCCCGAAAUCCCUUCGCGGGCACAACCUCGUGCCACUUCUAGUAGCCACUGUUCCGACCUUGACCUGGACUUCGAGGUGUUGGUGCCUUCAUCCCAACCUGUAUUUGAUCAUGUUGAAUGGCAAGGUUCCCAGACACCUUCACUAAGGAAAGUGAUGGAGGAUGCCAGGUCAUUGAAACGACGUGCAAUCAAGACCAGAACUUACCAUGAACCAGUAACGUCAGGUACACUCUCAACUGACGUUGCGAAGAAUCCUCGACUUCCAACUUCAAGAAUACGUCCUCCAUUGGCCGAAUGUGUCAAAAGCAGAAAUCAAAAUGACAACAAUGAUCAGUGCCCGUCGAGCUCUAAAUCCGUCGAAAAGUUAUCGGCAACCGCGGAUGAGUACUUCGGCAAGAUUCAAAAGAUUAUGGAGAAAGCUUCCAAGGAUAUGGAUCGUAGCAAUCAGAUAUUGUCAAAGGGAAGAGGAGAACCCUUGAUGAAGGUGAAUCCUAAAGGAAGGUCGAAAGCAGAAAGGAGGAAGGUGUGGGGAGGUGGAGUUACUGGACGCGUUGAGAAGCAGAGGCGAGGUCAUGGGGGUUAUGAUGUCCAUAUCCUCGCUGUUGAGGGUGGCGAAAGAACAAGUGCGAAGGGAAAAGAGCGUGAAGUGAUUGACGAUGUCACCGUCGACGACGGGAUGGACGUGGAUGGCAAUCAGAGUGGGAUGGCGAUGGAUGUGGAUCUACGUUUGCCUAUACCUCUCCAUCCGCCUCCUCUUCUGCUACCCCGAAGCGUAAGAAGUGGAGAAUCGCUCCCCUUGGUGCCUCAGGAGCCUGCUUUAGCAACGGUUGAAAUGCCGCCUCUGCGAACUAGAGGACAAGCAUCAAUCCCACCAACUUCGAAUCACCAACCUUCCGCUGAUAGCCGGAAUUCGACCUCAAGCAGACUUGCUCGAGAACGAGACAUUCGACGCGCUCUAUCUUCUGGUCCCGACGGGAUUUCGGGGUCCAAGACAUCUGCGUCUCCAGAUGCCCGACCAUCUAAUUCGUCAGGUUUAUCCUCUUUGCCGUGCUUUUUUGCAGCUUCCACAAGCGCCCCUCCGUCUUCAAGCUCUUCGCGCAGUACGUCGGCUGGUUCCGGUUUCAGCUUUGAAACAAGCUCUCGAGACCGCGGAUCAUCGAGAUCAAAUUUUGAUUCGGUGUAUGGGUCUUUGCCCAUACCCACAAAGGAGCAACAGAAGGACUGGAAGGAAAGAAAGGAGAGGGUGGUUGUGCCUUCCCCCUCAUCAAGCCCGUUCGUUGUCCCUGGCUUGGAUCAUGUGAAGAUGGGGAGGGAAAAGGAGAGAGUUGGAGCGAGUGCUCCUAAAAGACCUCCUCAUGCCCAAGAGGUCAAACCAGCCUCGGGUCUUCCUGUCCUAGGAAUGAGGAGGAGGCAUAAUCUCCCCUCCAAUGCUUCGAACAAGUCGUUCAAGGUGCCGUUUAAGAGAGGCGAUUCAGCAAAGAGGUUGGAAGAAAUCGCCAAGGGCUUGGAACAACGGCAAGAGACUGACAAUGGCCCUGAUAUUCAUGAAGGGGAAGCAGAUUCAUCGAGUUAUUCGGCCUUGGAUAUCUCGAUGAACUCUGAUCUGGCGGAUGAAUUGAACAAUAUCGAGCAGAAGUAUUCGCAGGAUUCGAUGAAGUAG